AUGCGCGGUGAGAUCGACUGCAAGGCACCGGGCCUUCAGCUUCUGAGACACAAAGCGUUGGAGAAGCUGCAGUCAUGGCCUAGUCACGAGUUUCUGCAUAUGAAGCGAGAGUGGAAUCAGAGCGCAGAUCGACUAGCCAGCACAGCAUUGCAGAGCGAAAAGGGAAGAACGGUUGUAGCUGAAGAGGAUCGGCAAGAUCUGAUGACUCUGAACCGUCUCGAUGAAUUGUUGAAGCCCAAGCAAGAUGGUCAGCUAGCUCGGGUAACUGCGAUCGCGAGAUCAGCCAGGAGGAUACGUCAUGAACCUGAAGUGAUACAGGAGGAGAUAGUACAGAGGAUCAGGAUUCAACGAAUUGUCCAAGCUCAAGAUGAAGAGCGUUGGAUUGUCAAUCUCAAGACAUAUCUAAGUGGCGAUGUAUCAAACUUGGAUGCGGUAGAAGUGAAGAUGUGCGCCAAACUGGCGCCGGAAUACGAGAUCGAUGAGAACAAUCUGCUAUUUUUUUGCCCCAUGGCGAAAAGAGAGUCGGAAGAUCGCGAUGGUUUGAUGCGGUUGGUGAUCCCUGAGACGUUGCAGCAGGAUUUUUGCAUCACUAUCACACGAGUCUGGAAGGAGGCCAUCAGGGUAUUGGCCGAACCUAUCAGAGGAUCAGAUCGCGAUUUCAUUGGAGAGGACUGUAUCGGAGCGUUCAACGAUAUGUGGGCGAAUGUACCGACUGUGAGACCGGGAAAGGAAACCCGAUGA